AUGACCACCCGCCCAUCUCCACGAGAGCGCCGCCACGCAAACCGGCGCAAUGCCAAACAAGCCACCGCCCCACCAUCGCACACACCUGUAGGUGCUGCACUCGCCAUGCCUGCGCCUGUAGUCUUCAUGAACGCCACUCCUAUCACAAGCUUCGCUCAGAGCCAAGUCUGGGGUCUUGAUACAUGGAGGCAGACACUGAAGAUGGAGCAACCGCCGCCUUCCACUCCCGAGUUCGACCAGUGUGAAUACCAGGUCCUGUGUUUCAAGGCUAUUGUGGAGCUGCACGGCCCACAUCUGUCAGAGCUCGACGUGCUGCAGCUGGAGUAUGCGAAGCAAGUCGUCAUGUGGGUGCUUGAGUGCAGCAAGCCAGAGGAAGACUGGGAUAGGUCAUUUAUCGAGCGACGAAAGCUGGAGUUUGCGUAG